CAGCUGAACAGUUACGCAGUUAUAGCGUAUAGUUACGCGUGAGACUGGUGACAGGUACGAGCUCUCUGAUUUUGUAUCAUUGUUUUUCCGAGAAGCGAAAAUUUGGGGCGGUACUGGAGCUGAUUAGCUAGAGAAAAUUACUACUAUUUGCAACUAGCAAAAAGAUACAUCAGCUUUGAAGCCUUUGUCUCUUACCAUUCGAAAACCAUGGAGCUUCUAGUUGGGAGAAAUGGUAAUUUCUCUUGCGAUGACAAAACUCUUGGGAUAGACAUAGCUUGCCUGAGUCUAAUCAAUAGCAACAACGGCAGCAUAAAAUUUUACGGACAAUCGACAGAGUGCUUCUUGUGUAAUGGAACACUACGCAGUGUCUUACCUGGAAACAGCAACACAACACUCUCAGUAGACACAAAGCAUCCGUAUCAUGUUUACUAUGUGCAGGAUGGGCUGGAAUACUGCCAUACCACUUUUAAAUUCGAGGAGCAUGGACACUAUGAAAUGAACUUGACGGAUCGUAGCUGCUCGGAAAUUUAUACCACAUAUCAACCACCAAAUCCGUAUAUGCCAAUUUUGGCAGCAUUUAUGCUCAUGUUUUUCUUCUCGGCCACAUGGGCACUCGGAACAUUUGUCGCUCGCUCCGGACUAAUGACCAGAUUUUUAAGGAGAGAUGUGCCCGAAGUUCAGAGUGAUCUGGGAAGACUGCAGGAAAACGAAUCUUCACCUAGGCCUAUAGAGAGGGUGACCAGAUUUAGCACUCGAGCGAAAUUUUUGGACACCUUUCGUGGAAUUGCGAUUUUAUUGAUGAUAUUCGUCAACAAUGGUGGGGGUAAAUACUGGUUUUUCAAUCAUAGCCCAUGGAAUGGAAUAACACUGGCAGACUUGGUGUUGCCAUUCUUUGCAUGGAUCAUGGGAUUCACCAUAAUAAUUUCACUGCGUACCCAACUUAGGAUAUCUAUAUCCCGAAGCAGGAUCAUUUUACGUUGUUUUUGUCGAUCUGUAACUUUGAUAUUUCUUGGCCUGGUUAUCAACUCACUAACCAGAACAACUGAGAAUUGCGUAAUUCUGAAACUCAACGAUCUCAGAUUUCCAGGAAUCUUACAAUUAUUGGGAGUAUCGUACUUUAUCUGCGCGACGCUUGAAGCUAUAUUCACCAAGGCGCAACGAACUUUUCAGUUUGACCGACUAAAAUUUCUCCAAGACAUUUUGGAUGCUUGGGCUCAGUGGUUGGUUAUUAUUGCCAUUGCAACCACACACUUGCUCCUGACGUUCCUUCUACCAGUUCCUGGUUGUCCAAAAGGAUACUUAGGACCAGGUGGACUUCAUGAACAUGGAGCACAUGCUAAUUGUACUGCAGGAGCAGCUGGAUACAUCGACAGAACUAUUUUCGGUAACCAUAUAUAUAUGAAGAAGUCCGGAGUUUAUGGAAAACACCCACCCUAUGACCCUGAAGGAAUUAUGAGCACCAUUUCAGCUGUGUUACUGGUUUAUAUGGGUGUUCAAGCUGGUAGAAUCAUGCUAACGUACCACCAAGCAAAGUCCCGUGUGAUUCGUUGGCUUUUGUGGUCUGUGGUUACGGGUAUUUUGGCUGGUAUUUUAUGUAACUUCAGUAAAGAAGAUGGUGUUAUUCCUGUGAAUAAAUCGAUGAUGUCGUUGUCUUAUGUGCUCGCAACAUCUAGUAUAGCAUUUGCCAUGAAUACAAUUCUCUACAUUCUGAUUGAUCUUCAACAUUGGUGGAGUGGAGCUCCGUUCUUUUACGCAGGUACAAAUGCUAUAUUCUUGUAUAUGGGGCAUUACUUUACGAUGGGAGUAUUUCCUUGGACCUUGACGAUUAAUGGAGUUAGGACGCAUGCUAAUGUAUUAUCACUAAACUUGUGGACCACGGCGCUUUGGGCCAUUAUUGCUUAUGUGCUUCACAAGAAAGAAAUUAUUCUCACAGUAUAGACACAACCCUAUCUAUUCCACAGUUGAGAAGAAAGUUUUGGAAUUUCUUCAGCUCAGAAUUCCAAACCAUUGGUCAAAUAAUUAAGUGGAAUGAAAAAAAUGAUAAUCUAAUUUUAAGCCUGUCGUUUUGGGCAAUAUACACCCACUGUUUGUACUAGCCCACAUGUAUAAUUUACUUUAGCGACUCGUUCCAAUUAGUAAGAUUUAAUUUUUGACAGAAAAGUGUUUGAGUUAAUAACCGACCAUGUUCGUCAGAUUCAUUCAAACUGGUUUGACUGAUUUUGGCAUUAUAACACGCUAAGCAUGGCGUCAGUCUCAGGGACUGACAGUGAACUUUUUGUUAGGCGAGCGUCGGCUCAGGAUGUAGUCUGAACGGAAAGCACAGCAAAAUCGGCUCCACGGUUAGCGUUUUAAUCGACGAUACUUAUGUUAGAUGUAAUUAUUAUUUUACCGCUUUGGACAAAUCCCAUUUAAUUUGGGUAAAUGCUUGUUAUUGGUGUUGUAGUUUGAGUAAAAUAUAACAUAUGUAAUUUUAUGUUAUUCUCCAACACUAUUUACAUAUUCAUGCGCAUGCAUAUGCUUGAGGUGCAUUUUCAGUUUUGUUAUAAAUAUUUUGUUUCAACCAAGCUGUUAAAAUGAGGUGUGGCAUCUCAUGAUACCCAUAAUUACUAUUGACCUUUCAGUAACAGAGAUAUAAAGAGAAUAGGCUAAGAAUUGGACCAAUUCAGUUUAUAUUAAGAUAUAGUUUCUAUUUACGCAUUUCGUUUUGUGAUACAGAAUAUGGCUGAAAAUAUUAGUAUUUAAUAAUUUCAUAACAAUAUAGAUCUCAACGCUAAUGAGGUCUUGUAUGAUUUCUACCCAGAUAUAUCGAAUUAAUAAAGAACGUUAUAUACAUA